AUGUUUAAGUUUGCGAAGUGUCAGUGCUUUAAUCAUAACACUUUAUUUCGACAACAAGAAUACUCGAGAGCUACAGCGAUGGAGUUCCUCCAAAAAGUUUCGCAGCAGCUGUUUGAGCCAGAAAACGCUGACCAGGACAACGAGCUCGUCGUACUGGGACGAAGAUAUGAAGCGAAUGGGUCUAAUGAACGGAAACCCGAUGAGGGAGAGGCGGUGUCCACAGGCGUGUUUUCUCAGUUGUUCCAUCGGGAACGGGGCUGGAACCCCGAGUUUCUCCUAGAAGUUCACUCACUACUGCACUUUACUUACAGAACCAAGUUCGAGCCCAUACCUAAAGACCCUAACGGCCCGUCGCCAAUGAACUUUGGGACGCUAUUUAGGGAUAACCCACUCAACUCAUUCGAAAGCGCGAUCAACCACCCAGACUGCUUUUGCAGCGAUAUUGGGUGGGGCUGCAUGAUUCGCACUGGUCAAGCACUGCUUGGAAACGCGCUGGCGCGGUUGCGCUCCCCUCCUGAGGAGAAGCAGUUGAUUGGGUGGUUUGAAGAUCGCUCGUCGGCGCCCUUUUCAUUGCACAACUUUGUCCGUGAAGGAAACGCACUUUCUCGUAAGCCACCAGGAGAAUGGUUUGGACCCUCCGCAACUUCCCGGAGUAUUCAGAGUUUAGUCCAUGCUUUCCCACAAUGUGGUCUAAAUCACUGUAUCAUAUCCACGGAUUCGGGUGAUGUGUACGAGGAAGACGUGGGCCCAAUACUGGAGCGCGAACCUCAGGCUACAAUACUGCUACUUCUCGGUGUGAAGCUUGGCCUUAACAAUGUGAACUCGCGUUAUUGGCCCGACGUGAAGCAUAUCCUAGGGUCGUCGUUCUCAGUUGGGAUCGCGGGAGGCCGGCCCUCAUCAUCGCUCUACUUCUUUGGCUAUCAGGGAGACUACCUCUUCUACCUCGAUCCGCAUACCUCGCAGCUGGACCUGGCAUCUUGCGCAACAGAUAACGAGAAAUACGAGUCUGUACACUCUGCGCGGUUUAACAAGGUACACUUUUCUGAAUUAGAUCCCUCAAUGCUUAUUGGUGUACUUAUUCAAGGGCUCGAUGACUGGGAUGCGUGGAAAAGCUACAUCGAUCGCUCUCAAAUCCUACAUGUUCUUCCCCAUAGGCCCCGCGACUACUUCAUGGAUGAGCCUGAUGACAGCGCCAGUGAGAAUGACGGCAUUCCUGGCAGCCGUGAUUCGCAAGACUCUCAAGGACCUGCUAUUGACGGCGACUAUGUGGACGUCGCGCCCAUGGUCCAGCACGCAGGCUCGUGUCGAGAUGAUGAGUUUCAAGAUGUAAAGUGCAAGAAUCAAAAGAUUUUGGUUGUCGGAGACCAUGAUUCUACUACUGCAGAUACAGAAAUUGAAAGAGUUCUGGUGGAGCACGAGACGGUGCCACUAAUUGCCAGCACACGCCCAUGA